AUGUUCAACGAACCCUUAUCACCAACCUUUUCCACCACCCAUAACUCCCUUUCGUACUAUGACCUCACCUCCAACACUAAACAUUCUGGUUCAGAUUACCCUGACCCAACCUCCCUAAACUUUGAAGACCUUCAGGCCACAACUGAUUCUGAAAAGACUCCUUUUGUACCUGAGCCCUCUGAACCGAUUCCGGGACCCUCUAAACCUGAACUCAUACUACCCACCUUUGACGAGGCAUUAGCCAAAUUCUUAGAGAGUUCAACUUCCAGAGGUGUUGAGGAAAAGCUAGAGGCACGGUUGGCGAAGGAAACGGCUGAGAAGGCUGAAAGGGAAGCAACAGAGAAAGCUGCCAAGGAGGCUACUGAGAGAGCAACUGCAGAAGCUGUUGCCAAAGAGAAGUCUGAGCAAGAGGCUGUAAAAGUUUCUCAGAAGGCUGCAUCUAAUAAAGCUACUGAGGUUUCUCUAACUCAAGGAGAGUUAUCAACAGCUGAUCUUGCCCAUCUGGUCAUCAAAACUCUAGAAGAGUUGCAGAAGGAGCAACAACUUGUCAGAGCCAUACUCGACAAACAAGAUCAGGUCAACACCAGCAUUCAGAGCCUGCUAGCUGAGCUACUUCAGAGGAUUCCUCCUCCACCUCAACCUUAA